AUGGUGGCUCAGCAUGGUCCAGAUGGGCAUACAGAGCAAGCAAUUUAUUACCUUAGUAAGAAGUUCACAGACUAUGAGACAAGGUACACAACCCUGGACAAGACUUGUGCAGCUUUGGUUUGGGCAACAAGGAGGUUGAGACAUUACAUGUUAACCUAUUCAGUCUUUUUGGUAUCCAGAAUGGAUCCCAUCAAGUAUCUUUUUGAGAAACCCGCAUUGACAGGCAGAUUAGCACAUUGGUUAUUGCUCUUAGUGGAGUUCGACAUUGUGUAUGUCACCCAGAAGUCCAUCAAGGGUAGUUUCAUCACUAAACACCUAUCCACACAUCCAGUUGUUGAUACAAGGCCUUUAAAUGACAUAUUUCCAGAUAAAGAUGUAGUUUCUAUUGAGGUUGAAGAUGAGGUUGGCAUUUGGCAAAUGUUCUUUGAUGGAGCUACCAAUCACAAAGGUUGCAGAGUCGGAGUUCUACUUAUAACUCCUGAAGGGUUGAACUUGCCCAUGGCAUAUAGGUUGGACUUUGAGUGCACCAACAACAUGGCUGAGUAUGAAUCUUGCCUCAUGGGAUUGCAAGCAGCCAUCUCUAUUAGGGUCAAAAGAUUGGAAGUAUAUGGAGAUUCGUCGAUUGUCAGGGACAAUAACAAGUUUGCCGAUGCAUCGAUGGUUGAUUUUGGUCCAGGUGAGCAAAUACAACUAUUCAUUAUAGAUCGGAGAGAUCAUCCUUCACAUCAAGGCUUCAUCAAUGCCCUAACAGUAGAUGGUAGGCCUUGGUUUUCCCAUAUUGUGGAUUUUAUCAGAGAGGGGAAGUACCCUGCAGAUGCUACCCAAGGAGAUAAAAGGUUCCUGAGUCGUUAUGCCACCCAAUUCAUAUUACAUGAAGAUAUUUUAUACAAGCGAUCUUUUGAUGGUGUACAAUUGGGUGUGUGGAUGAAGAUCAAGCACAAACAAUCUUGGAGCAUGUACAUCAGGGAAUCUGUGGCCCUCAUAUGA